CCCGUCCCCUCUGCAGGGCUCUGGGGGCUGGUGAACAACGCGGGGAUCGCCAUCCCCACUGCCCCGAACGAGUGGCUGACCAAGGACGACUUCAUGAAGGUGCUGGAUGUGAACCUGGUGGGGCUGGUGGAGGUGACCCUGAGCCUCCUGCCGCUGGUGCGGCGGGCGCGGGGCCGCGUGGUCAACGUGGCCAGUGUGAUGGGCCGCGUCUCCUUUUUCGGUGGCGGGUACUGCAUCUCCAAGUUCGGUGUGGAGGCCUUCUCUGACAGCCUCAGGCUUGAGAUGCGCAGCUUCGGGGUGAAGGUCAGUGUGAUCGAGCCAGGCUACUUCAACACGAUGAUCACCAACGUCGAGAACCUGGAGAGGAAUUUUCUUUCUACCUGGGAGAAGCUUCCAGAGGAAAUCAAAACAAGUUAUGGGGAGAGUUACUUGAAGCAGCUUGUGGCAUCGCUGAAGAUAAUGCAGAAGAGCUACAACUGCGACCUGUCUCUGGUCACGAAGUGCAUGGAGCACGCCCUGACCAGCCUGCACCCCCGCGCCCGCUACUCCGCCGGCUGGGACGCCAAGCUGCUCUACAUCCCCCUCAGCUACCUGCCCUCGGCCCUCACAGACGCCGUGUUCACCUUGUUCUACCCCAAAUCCGUGGGGACAGCCUGAGGCAGGGAUGCCAGGCUGAGGCACUGCGAUGCCUAAGCCAGGGGCUGGUGACGUGUGGGGGGAUCUGGUGGUGCCAGGUGAGAUCCGACAUCGCCCGAGGCCAUGCUGAGGUCCCCGAGUUUGUUCCCUGCCCACAGACGGCUUUGUCCUGAAUAAAGACCCCCCCAUUACACUCCUGGCACAGUGGUGGCACUGAGGCUGUGUCGUGGGGGCUCCCAGGGGCUCUGGCUCUUCCCCCAAGUGCUGCUCCACACAGGGUCUGGACCCCACUGGGGGAGCCACUGCUGGACUUGUCCAAAGUGGCACUCCAGGGACUCACACACACAAAUCAAACCCACGCCUGUUCUAACCUGGGCAGAUUUGCCUCUGGGCCCAGGGUGGGAAGCCUCUAAUAGCAUCUUCCUCCUCCUCCUCCACUUCCUCCUCCU